AUGCCACGUAUCCGCACGAGCCGCACACGGCCUCCGCCGGAGGGCUUCGAGGACAUUGAAGGCAUCCUGGAAGAGUAUGAGACCAAGAUGCGCGAUGCUGAGAACGAGUCGCAGGAAGGCAAACGCAAGGCGGAAGGUGUAUGGGGCAUCAUGCGCAUUACGCACAUGCGCUCGCGCUACAUUUACGACUUGUACUACAAACGCGAGGCCAUUUCACGCGAGUUGUACGACUGGCUCUUGGAACAGGGCUACGCGGACGCUGCAUUGAUUGCGAAGUGGAAACGUACUGGCUACGAAAAACUGUGUUGUGUACGAUGCAUCCAGUCCAGAGAUAUGAACUACGAGGGAUCUACCUGCAUUUGCCGUGUGCCCAAAGCGCAGCUGCGUCCGGGCACGUUUGUGGAAUGUGUGCAUUGUGGAUGUCGCGGCUGCAGCUCGGCUGAUUAA